UAGCGAUACAAUCGUAAACAUAGCUAAAGGUUGAGCUGCCCUUCUCUUGCGAUAGCGGACGAAUAGUUUCAUUUUCUGUCUGUCUGCAGAUAUACUGUCAAGACGCCAAGGUGAUCAGACAGACUUUUGAAAACUGGGUUAAAGCACCAGAUUGAUGGAGAAGAAUGGACCGUAUCUCGUUGGACUGCACCAACUCUCUACCAGGGAUCCCCCUCAGUGUGCUAUCAGUGCCUAUGGAGAAUAAGUACAAAUGUCAGCAGUGUCUCCAGGUCCUGAGGAAGCCUGUCCAGGCUCAGUGCGGCCACCGCUUCUGUGUCCACUGCUUCAAGCAGCUCACCAGUUCUGGGCCAAAGCCUUGUGAAGCCUGCCGCCAAGAGGAGAUAUAUGAGGAACCUAUUUCCAUUCUCAAUAGUAGUGAGGCAUUUCCAGACAAUGCAGCGGGUCGAGAAAUAGCAAGUCUUCCUGCCAGGUGUUUGAACCAAGGCUGUCAUUGGACGGGCUCAAUAAAAGAGUAUGAGGCCCAUCAUGAAGGUCGUUGUGAAUUCGAGCGGAUACAGUGCGAGGCGUGCCAAACCUCGAUCCUUUGUACGGAGAAGGACAGACAUAAUGAAAGAGAAUGUGAAGCAAGGACGCUCAACUGCAAAUACUGUAAAACCACCUUCAACUUUAAAGAAAUCAAGGCCCAUGAUGAGAUCUGUCUGAAGUUUCCCUUACAAUGCAAGGACUGUGGCAAGAAGAAGAUCCCAAGAGAAAAGUUUAAUGACCACAGCAAAUCCUGCGCCAAGUCAAAGAGUGCCUGUCCAUUCAGUGAUGUGGGCUGUAAAUAUGUGAUAGAGAACGGGAAGCACGGCGACCAUGAGCACAGCAGCACCAUGGAGCACUUGCGUCUGCUGCUGCAAAUGGUGCUGUCCGUGGCCCGGACGCGUGCCGAGCCUGCUUCUGGAGAAUGGCAGGAGGACUCUGGUCUGGGCCUGUACAGGGCUCCUGAGGAGGGAGUCAGUAUGGGCUCUGGAGCUGCAGCUUCCAUGCAGUCUGUGGACGUGGAGAAAAAGGUGAAAGCUUUGGAAAACAUUGUGUGUGUCCUGAACCGAGAGGUGGAGCGCAGUUCAGUAACGUUGGAGGCUUUCGCAUAUCAGCAUCGUUUAGACCAGGACAAAAUUGAAAACCUGUCCAACAAAGUGCGUCAGCUGGAGCGGACAGUCGACAUGAGGGACUUGAAGCUGUCCGAAACUGAACAGCUGUUGCGAGAACUCCAGUUCUGCACCUACGACGGGAUAUUCGUGUGGAAAAUCUCUGACUUCUCACGCCGCAGACAGGACGCUGUGGCCAGUCGAACACCUGCGAUGUUCUCACCAGCGUUUUACUCAAGCAAAUACGGAUACAAAAUGUGUCUGAGGCUGUAUUUGAACGGCGACGGGACGGGUCGAGGAACGCACCUUUCGCUGUUCUUUGUCGUCAUGAGGGGAAAGUGCGACGCUCUGCUCAAAUGGCCGUUCAGUCAGAAGGUGACUCUGAUGCUCCUGGAUCAGAACAACAGGGAGCACAUCAUCGAUGCUUUCCGCCCUGAUGUCACCUCCACCUCCUUUCAGCGGCCGAUCAGUGAGAUGAACAUCGCCAGCGGCUGCCCGCUCUUCUGUCCGCUGGCUAAACUGGCCGGCAAGAGCCCGUAUCUGAGAGAUGAUACCAUUUUCAUCAAAGCCAUCGUAGACCUCACGGGCUUGUAGAGUGUUGUCUGUGGAAGGCGCACCGAAGCAGAUACACAACACAAACAAUAAAACUAUAGUUUAUAUAUAUAUAUGGUUUAGUUAAUAUAUAUUAUAUAUAAUAUUUGAUACAAUAUGAAAAUAUAUCAUAUCUACACGAAACAUUAAGAAUGCCAUCAAGUGUCCCUUUAUGACGGAUUUACAAAGGGGUCUAAAAUAAUCACGGUGGUCAAUCUGUAAUGGUUAUAGUUAUCCAUCCUAUGUGAAUAGAUUAAUCAGAUUAAUAAGCGCCACGUGACGCAGGCACUGCUGUGUCACAGCCGUGCUUUAUGGAAGUUUCUGUUAACGUUUUGUAUAUUUAAGACUUUAGCCAGUGCUUGUAUUACAUCAAAAGUCUUUGAGACAGUGAGAACUUAAAUAGUUAAAUAUAUUUGACAUAAGAGAUCUGCAUUCAGAUUAAUAGGACGUUGUUGGCAUUCAAAGGAAAGCUUAUAACAAAUAUCUUUAGCAAAUACCUUGUUUAUGGUAUAUACUAAAUUCUAAUAAUUAUAACACUCCAGUCUGCAUUGUGUGGUUCUUCAAACGUGGGCCAAAUCCAUCCCUUGAACAGAAAUAUGUGGCUUCCUGACAGAAAUUGAAGUUUCCCUUUUCAUAAUUUAAACCAAAAACUUUACAUUUAAAUCCCAAUGAACCUCUUUGCUGCCCCCAUGUGAAGAGAGGCGUGUCCUGUUCUGAACUUUCUGCAAGUGUUAAACUGAUGAAUUAGCAAAGAUAAAUAACAGAAGCCACUUGAAGUUUCCUGUGAAAUCAAAGGUUUCAAUUCCAUGAUUUGAUGUCCAUGAACAGAUCGAGAGUUUUGUAACUCAAAUUUAUUAUAAAGAAGAGAAAUGGAAAUAAAGGCCUGUGAAACAUUGUCCUUACGUUGACCACCAAUACAAGACUGAAGUUUUAAUUUAUAGCAUAUAAUAGUAAGCUAAUAUUGUAAGAAAACACUUUGCAAAUUUCUGCAAGUGCUGCUAGUUACUAGAAAUCUUAAUAACAUCACUAUAUAUUAUAUUCACUUUUGGGUAUUUGGUUAUUAUACAUAUAUAACAUGCUUCUAUCCUAAUCCUAAAUCUUCUAUGAAUAUUUACAAUUAAUCCAAAUAAAUGUACAAUGUUCACUGUAUCAUCACUUUAUGAAAGUGCUUUACUAUAGAUGAUACAUUACUUUAAAUGUUUAACACAUUAAGUACUUUUAGUUUUUUGCUGAAAUAUGCUGUCAUUUUAAGGAAACCAUCAAUUAUACAAUAAAUUGAUUGGACAUUAAUCAAAAAUACAAAUAAUCAUCACAUGCAGCCUGAUUAAGGUUAUAGUACAGAUUAACUUUUUAAAUAUGCUAUAUCUACACUAUACAUUGAUGAUGUCAUCAACUGAGGAUCAAAAAUAUCCCGAGAACCAGAAUAUCUUAUAUUUAUCUGAUGAUGUUUUCAAUUAGCCGCAUAUGUGGGUCACCAAAGGCGAUUUAUAUCUUAUAUUUUAUGAUGCUUUCAGCUGCAUUCAGUAACUGUUGCUGUAGGAAAAAACAACCUCCCCUCACCUCAAACCACAGCGCUAAAAACAACUUGUUAACCCGGUUAGUGUUUUAUUUGUUUCUGUUAUGCUGCGGUCACGAAAGAGGACAUGAUGUACUGUUCCUGUCCUCAAUCUUGUUACAGAAUGUGCCCCAAAACAUUACAUUAAACAACUAUAUAAACUAAAUGUUUUGGUUUAAUCUAACUUCCAUUUUUAAAUGUUCAACAUUGACAUGGUUUUAAAUAAUACCAUGCCAUAACAUGUGGCAAUAUUGACAUGUAUGUAUAUAUUUAAGACAUAUAAUGUGGCUUACUGUCUAAAACCUCCCCUGGAAAACAACAAAGCAUAACAAUUUUAUAAAAAGUACUAACUAACUC